AUGUUGGUCCGCAAGUACUCGACUGGGGUCGCCAUCACCAAUCCUCUCGUCCUCUACCGCGCGUUGUUGGCUACGAACCACAUACGCCCUGAUCCAGCCCAGCAUCGACUCGCCCUCCAUCUGCAGAAACUCUAUGAGCGCCUGAAGGACUAUGAGCCUACCGCCGAAUACAGCCACCGUCUGCACCAAAUAAGCCGCGCUGUCGGUGCCAAUGGUCGCGCCAAGACCUCUGAGGAGGAGACCCAAGAUGUCCGCCCACGCGGCUUCUGGUCUUCGCUGCUCGUCCAGAAGGAGAAGCGCGAGAGUACGGCCCUGGCGCGCGUGUUGACCAGCCACGAACAGGCCAUGCAGCUCGACUCGCCGCGUGGCCUGAUGUUGCAUGGCGAAGUCGGCACGGGGAAGAGCAUGCUGAUCGACCUGUUCGCCGACUGCCUCCCCAACCGCAAGAAGCGUCGCUGGCACUUCAACACCUUCAUGCUCGACACUCUGGCCAAGCUUGAGGCGCUGAGACGCACGCGGAGCUCGACUUUCUUCGGCAGUUCGGUUUUUGACGACGAGCAUUCGUUGCUCAUCCUCGCACGUGACAUGAUUGAGACGUCGCCCAUUCUCUUCCUCGACGAGUUUCAGCUCCCGGAUCGUGCGGCGUCGAAAAUAAUGUCGAACCUCAUGACCAGUUUCUUCCACCUGGGUGGCGUUUUGAUUGCAACAAGUAAUCGCAUGCCUGAGGAACUGGCGAAAGCUGCGGGCAUGGAGUUCACUCCACCGCCCACCCGAAUGGAUUCCCUAAAAUGGAGAUUUGGCGUGAGAGGCCGGAGCGAAAACAUGUUUACUGGACGUGGUGACUUUGCUCCUUUUCUUGAAGUGCUAAAGGCCAGAUGCGAGGUGUGGGAAAUGGAAGGCGGGAAAGACUACAGGAGAAGCGAGUCUGAGGCUGCAGUGCCCAAGACUGAGACGGAUUCGGAAGCUUCUGCGCAAAAGUCCACGGCAGCCGAAAGCACUCCAACCGCACAACUAUCACCCGACUCCCAGGCCGAGGACUCGGUCCCGAAGAUGGCAUCAAUGCCCAAGAACUACUUUGUCAAACCUUCCACCGAGGAACCAACAUCCAAGCACGAGGAAUGGCUCUUGAAGCUGAAAGACGCGGAAUCCGUAGCAUCAGGCGUCACCUCUCCCGAAAUCCCCUGGUCGCCAAGCACAAUGCGCGUCUACGGCCGUCAAGUGCAGGUUCCGCGUCAGUACAACGGCGCUACAUCCUGGACCUUCUCUGAGCUUUGCGCCAGCCAGCUCGGCCCCGCUGACUACAUCACGCUGGCUUCUACAUACCACACUCUCAUCCUCACCGACGUUCCCGUCCUCUCCCUCCUCCAAAAGAACGAAGCGCGGCGCUUCAUCACCCUCCUCGACGCCCUCUACGAAGCUCGCUGCAAACUCCUCAUCACCGCCGCGGCGGGGCCCGACGAUGUCUUCUUCCCAGAAUCCAAGGCAUUAAAGCCAUCCUCGUCGUCGUCGUCAUCUGUAGGCGACUCUCCUUCGAACCAACAACAAGACAGCGACUCGGUCUACUCGGAAACCUUCUCCGACAUCUACCAGGACGCCACCGCGCCCUUCCGCCCCAACAUCUCCUCGUAUGACCCGUCGUUACCCCAGCCGCGCGAAGAGCCCGACUACACGCACGCCCGCCUGCAGGGCAUGCUCUCGCCCGACGCGCUCGAAGACGACCCGCCGAACCGCGUGCGCCGCGGCACCUUCACCGGCUCCUUCGGCCUGGACCGCGACUACGGUGGUGGUGGCGCAGCAGCAGCCCGUGCGGGGGGCAGCAGCAGUCCCGGAGCGAACGGAUGGCGGGUGGCGCCGACGACGCCGGACUUCGGCCAGGCGGGCGCCUUCACGGGCGAGGACGAGCGCUUCGCGUACAAGCGCGCGCGCUCGCGGCUGUGGGAGAUGUGCGGCGCGCGGUGGUGGGCGCGCGACUGCCCGCAGCGGUCGUGGUGGACGCCCGUCGCCAAGGAGGUCCGGCGGUGGGAGGUGCCUGUCGCGGAGCGGGCGGCGCUGGAGCGGCAGCAGCAGCAGCAGGCGGCAGGCCUUGGCGGGGAGGGCAUGGGGGCUACGAGCGAGAUCGACGAGAAGAAGGACGAGCCGUUGUUCAGGCAUGGUGGGACGAGUCCGUUCAGGACGUUCCCGGGCCCGCCGCCCAAGAUCGGAUGGACGCAUGUCUGGGGGACGGUGCAAUGGGGGAAGAAGGCUGGUGCGUGGGGAAAGGGAGUAGAUGGGUUGGAAGAGAGGAGGAGGGAGAGGGAGAGGGAAGAAGAAGGCGAAGGCGAAAAGGAGACGGAGGGUCAAAAGUAG